UUCACUGCGGUUUACAUUCUCGACGAGUUUCGCAGCAGCAGGAACCAUGGUGUAGGGAGCCUCCGGAUCGCUGGCGUGUUCGGCAGGCGGGGCGAUCCGGGGCGCAAGGAGCCUGCCCGUUGAAUGGCAGCCUGGGCAAGUUGCGCCGGAGGAGAGAGGACCAUGAUAGCUCGAAGGAUGGCGUGGUUUUAAAGGCUGCAGAAGCGGGGGGGCUGCCCCUGGAUUGCGUUCUCGCUCGCUCUCUGCCGCAUUUCCUUCCUUCGCCCCUCUGGAAACCCCCCUCGUGUAGCUCUGCCGCAAAGAUGUCCCUAGCCAUGGAAGAAGAAGAGUACACCAAGCUGGUGAUGGAGUCGGAGCCCGAGUGGCUGCGCGCUGAGAUCAAGCGGCUGUUCCAGGAGCUGGGCGAAACCACCCGGGAGAAGAUCCAGGCGGCGGAGUACGGGCUGGUGGUGCUGGAGGAGAAGCAGCAGCUCAAGCAGCAGUACGAAGAGCUGGAGGUGGAGUACGAGACCAUCCGUACCGAGAUGGAGCAGCUGAAGGAGGCUUUUGGUCAGGCUCACACCAACCACAAGAAAGUAGCAGCAGAUGGAGAGAGCAGAGAAGAGACCUUGAUUCAGGAGUCUGCCACUAAAGAAGAGUACUACAUGAAAAAAGUCAUGGAGUUGCAGACAGAGCUAAAGCAGCUGAGGAAUGUCCUUGCCAACACCCAGUCUGAAAAUGAGCGCUUGAAUUCUGUUGCCCAGGAACUGAGAGAGAUAAAUCAGAAUGUGGAGAUCCAGAGGGGUCGCUUGCGUGAUGACAUCAAAGAGUAUAAGUUCCGAGAAGCUCGUUUGCUGCAAGAUUACACUGAACUUGAGGAGGAGAAUAUCUGCCUUCAGAAACAAGUUUCUGUUCUGAAACAGAAUCAGGUGGAAUUUGAAGGGUUGAAACAUGAAAUCAAGAGGCUCGAAGAAGUAACUGAAUUCCUCAACAGCCAGCUAGAAGAUGCAAUACGAUUAAAAGAGAUAUCUGAACGCCAGCUUGAGGAUGCCUUAGAAACCCUGAAGACAGAACAUGAACAGAAAAGUAACCUCCGGAAGGAGCUGUCUCAUUAUAUGAACAUCAAUGAUUCCAUGUAUACCAGCCAUUUGAACAUCUCUCUGGAUGGACUGAAGUUCAGUGAUGAAACUACAGAGCCUAAUAAUGAUGAACUUGUGAACGGCUUCGAACAGAACUGCUUGAGUAAAAUCAACAAUGGCAAUAAUAAAGCACCCACACCCAAGAAAAAUGAGAACUUCCCUCCAGCCCCUAGUCUUGUAUCCGAUCUUUUAAGUGAGCUGAAUAUAUCUGAAAUUCAGAAGCUGAAACAGCAGCUUAUGCAGAUGGAAAGGGAAAAAUUGAAUUUGUUGUCUACACUCCAAGAGUCUCAAAAACAAUUGGAGAACACUCGGGGGGCACUUUCUGAGCAGCAUGAGAAAGUUGGCAGACUUACGGAGAACCUCAAUGCCAUGAAAAAGCUCCAGAUCAGCAAAGAACGUCAGUCAGCGCUUGACAAUGAGAAGGAACGGGACAGCCAUGAAGAUGGAGAUUAUUAUGAGGUCGACAUCAAUGGCCCAGAAAUCCUAGAAUGCAAGUACAAAGUGGCUGUGGCAGAGAUUAGCGACUUAAAAGAAGAGCUUAAAGGCCUAAAGGCCAAAUAUGAAGAGUGUGACUCUAAAUAUGAAGAGGAUAAGAACAGGUAUGAGACAGAAGCCCAUGCUCUGACAGAAAAAAUAACUUCAUUGGAAAAAUCUAGUAGGCAAGAUAGGGAACAAGUUGUUAGAUUGGAGAAGGAACUCAAGAAAGUUAGUGAUGUUGCCGGGGAAACGCAAGGCAGCCUUAGCGUAGCCCAGGAUGAGCUGGUCACCUUCAGCGAAGAGCUAGCCAACCUGUACCAUCACGUCUGCAUGUGCAACAAUGAAACGCCAAACAGGGUGAUGCUGGAUUACUACAAAGAGGGCAAAGGAGGACGCACUAGCCCUGAAGGCAAAGGCCGCAGAUCACCAAUCCUGCUCUCUAAAGGCCUGCUGUCUAUAGACUUAGGAAAAUCAGAAAGUGGCAGUGGUGACAGUAGUCCUUCUCCAGUUUCAUCUCUCCCAUCACCAGUAUCUGAUCCUCGCAAGGAACCCAUGAACAUUUACAACCUGAUUGCCAUAAUCCGUGACCAGAUUAAGCAUCUGCAAGCAGCUGUAGAUAGAACAACUGAGCUGUCACGGCAGCAGGUGGCUACUCAAGAACUUGGACCAGUAGUGGACAAAGACAAAGAGGCUCUUAUGGAAGAAAUCCUGAAGCUGAAGUCCCUGCUAAGCACCAAGAGAGAGCAGAUAGCCACUCUGAGAACUGUGCUGAAAGCCAGCAAACAGACGGCAGAGGUUGCCCUUGCCAACUUGAAAAGCAAGUAUGAAAAUGAAAAGGCUAUGGUUACAGAGACCAUGAUGAAGCUGCGUAAUGAACUGAAAGCUUUAAAGGAAGAUGCUGCUACCUUCUCUUCUCUGAGGGCCAUGUUUGCUACAAGAUGUGAUGAAUAUGUCACCCAGUUGGAUGAAAUGCAACGCCAGCUGGCUGCAGCUGAAGAUGAGAAGAAGACGCUGAAUUCAUUGCUUCGUAUGGCCAUUCAGCAAAAGCUGGCUUUGACUCAGCGCCUGGAGCAUCUUGAGCUGGACCACGAGCAGUCCAAAAGGGUGCGCACAAAAUCCGCUUCCAAACCCAAGAGUAGUAACCCCAGCGUAAGUCAUAUACGAUCGUGUGGAGACAGGUCUGAAGGGUCUGUGCUUAAUAACCAGGUGUUUUGCAGUGAGAAAUAUAAAAUCUAUUGUGAUUAAGAAGGAAAAUAGGAGGCUAUAAAUAUGCUUCUGUUUGUGCUGUUGAAUGUCAGCAUAAAUCCCCACUAUAUUAAUGUUGCAGUGAUGAGUGGUUUGUACUAGUAUGUUGUUAAACCAUGUAAUACAGCCUGUAUUAUAGUGGUCUUAACUGUAACUGAUUCACACGCAUGGGGAGGGGGGAUGCUGUUAACAACGAAAUGGUGGAAAAGCACUUGGCUCUUUCCAUGAUGAACGACUGUGAUUUUGCUGUUUAUGGGUAAGUGUUAAAGGUGCGUGCCAGGUUCAUUGCACCUGGUGUUACUAACUGUAGCUUGUAUAGCACAAAUGUGAUCCUUUCCCUGGGUGAUGAGCAAGGGGGCUAACUUCACUGGCUAAGAGAUCUCCUUGCUUAAUGUGUUUGAGAAGUGGUGGAAUGAAACACUUAAAAUUAGGUCUAUAGUAUGGUAUUAAGAAACUGUGCUUAAAAUGAGAGCUGAAUCUAAAUUAAAACUACACUGACAAUGGGUUGCUGCCAUUGUCAUUACUCAGCUAAUUUGAAGAGAUUUCUUAUCAGCUGUACAAGCUGGGACAGCCUAAUAGGGAGGAUACCUUUUGAAAUGCUGUGGUCAUCACUGACUUGGCUGCAGAGAGUUAACCUAGAAAAUUGCACAAUUUAAAAAAAGAAAGAAAGGGGAUAUGUAUGCAUUAUUGCCUGUUCUGAAAUAAAACUUAUUGCUAGGAGAAAGCAAACUUAGGAUCUCAGUGCUUCAGAGCAGUUGUGUCGAGAGACAUUACCACAUACUACAAAAGUUUCAAUAGUGUCGUGUUGUUACUUUUAUGCCAGGAAGAUGUGUUACACAUGGGGCUUCACCUAGCCCAUUAAACUCAUUUUAAUCUCCUUGAUUUCAGUGAGAAAGUUAAACAAGUGCUUAACACUAAUUUCAGUCAGUGGGAUUUUAAAGUGAUUAAAGUUCCGUCCAUUAUUACUGUAUCUGCACAAAGUACGUAUACAGAAUUAAUAGGAGUAUAUGCUAGUAUUGUCAAGUUGCAAUGCAGUUCUACUUAACUGUCAGUAUUAAGGCUUUAAUAGAAUAGUAUUGCAGAGCUCUGAGUUUUGUUUAAGCGAAAAAGCAAACUGCAUUUCUUAUGCAAGCACACAUUUCACAGGGCUCUACAUUCUAGGCACCAGAAAUUAAAGAAUCAGUUUUUUCUUGCGAAUAAUUGUGAAGUAGGUUAGCAUAUAUGUAAUCUAUAAAAAGAUAAUUUCAUCCGGUAUUGAACUUUUAAGGGCCCUUUUAAGCCACUUAAUUUCAAUAUGUCUGAUGAUUUUUUGAAAGUGUACUUCAUAAUUGGUGCCUAUUGAAAUGGGAAUGAUACAUGACUGGAGGAAAAAUGUUGGUUUUAAAAUUGUGGUAAAUUUAAGGAGCACACUGAGGCACAUUAAAAAAAGAAGCAGCAGAAACAAAAGAUUCAAAAGUGCCUAGCCCCAAACUUUAUUUUAAUGUAAAGCCCUGUUCAUUUUGUACUCUUUUCAAGUAACUUUGUAUGCCUAGAAUAUUACUAAGAGUGAUGCAGGACUGCACAGCUGUGUCUGCUGAUAGUCGUACAAUUAUUUCCCCCCCAAAGCCAUGUGAACGCGGUGUUGUACUGUCUCAUCUCACUUUUCCUUUUAGAUGAUCAGCAGCUUGCUUCCUCUGUAUUGCCACUCUGCCUAUAAAGUAGUUAGGAGAUCAAGCAAUGUUGCUGUAAGGUAAUAAGGGGAGUGCUGUCUGCUUCCCUAGCAAAGGAGAGCCAAGUAGUGCUUGGAUCUCUCGAGAGAUUAGGAAGAAAAACAAACAGGAAGAACAAACUGCAAUCUGAGACGGUAAAAAAAAGUCCUGACAUCUAGAAACUGGAUGAUUUGAAGUGAUAUAUUCUAAGCUAUACAUGAUUAUGAAUGGUCCAGUUUAAUGUAUUACUGAAGAUUUGGCAAACUUGAGAGCUAUUUUUCAAUAGGUUGCCUAGGGUCAAAAUGGCAGGUCGUCUAUGCCUCGCUUUAUUACCACAUUUACAGAAAACAGUGUAUUCUCCUAAAUCUGAGCUUUAAUAUUGAUAUUUAGCAGGUUUUGAGAUUUUUAGGGGCAGAACACCUUUUAACAAUGUUCAAUCCUGCUUUUCUCCUCUUUGAUGCACAAUAAUCCAAAAGGCCUUUUUAACCCCUCCCCCUUUUACAAAAUGCCUUGGAAAUUACCAGGCAUUUAGAACACUUAAGCUAUUUUGCUCCAUUAGAAGCAGCAAUCACUUUUGCUUCCAUAUUGAUGGGGAGCUAUUAAUCACAAUUCUAAGUGGAUCCUUUUCUCUGGUGGUGCUCGUAACACAGAAUACUCACAAGGGGAAAGGAAAUUUUUAAGAAAUCAAUUGCAUUGGCAAAUUUUCAAGUUAAUUGAUAUGAAAUAUGGAGGUUUCAGUAUUGUGAGAUGGCCAUAGGGUGUCAGUUCAUUUUGCUGGAUAUAGGUUUUUCCCAGCUGGAGAGUUUUCAACCGGCUUAGUAAUACUUCCCAUUGUUAUGUCUACCCUUUUCACACAUCCAUCCCCACAAACAAAUCUUCAGUCCUAUCAGCCCUUGCCCCAUUUUACAUUUGGGACAUUCACAAUAUCUGUGUUUAGAGGGUAGUACCCAGGAGCAGCCCAGCUGCACUUUUACAUGAAACAGCUGGAUGUGUGUGUGUUCACUAGGGGUAAAAUCUGGACAGAAACUUGGAGUAAUUCCAAAGAUGAUUUGUCCAUGUGUGUACACUGGGGUUGUGUUUGGGUAGACUUGCACCUACUGGGUUAUUCAUUUCCUAAAACUAACUAUAUCAUAAAGCUUUUUUGAGUGGAGAUAAAGCAUGGAAAUCUUACUAAGCCAUCACCUACCUCUGCAAGCAGGACUUUUCUCCUGAAUGAUUUGACUGAUCUCGGUAUUAGCUGGCAUGAUACACUGACUGACCUGCAUGUUUCUGGAGAGGCUACAGCUUCAUUGAUAACUUCUCUUGCAUUCUUACUGUUUACUUCUGCUUGAGCAGCAUAGCUUGAUUUCAGGACUUGUAAGGAACUUUUCUUCCUGCACAGCUUUUGCUAACAGACGGUGCAGCAAAGCAUUGUUUCAGAUGCUUGAAGCACACAUAAGCUACAUUGGCUUCUUUACCUUAGAAGACUAACAGAUGCCCCUCAGCUGACUAAUGUGCUCUGGACUUCCUGCAGCACACAUUUGUGUGCAUUUUAAGUUUUCCUUUCUUGAAUUGAAGAAUGACCUUUUUUUCUUCAUUUCUAAUAUUUUUGUUUUUAUUUGUCACUUUCCACUUUCCAGCUGUAGAGUAGUUCCUGAAGAAGGCCAUUGCAACAGUGCAGCUUCGUAUCUUAACCUGUGUCGUUAUGGUUAGAAGUGGUGGUAGCCCGUUGCACAAAGAAUGGAAACCACUGCUAAUGUAUCUCUCUCUUGAUUUUGUUUUUUACUUAAUGCAAAAACACAUCAGUUCCAGUAUGCAACUGCAUUGUUUUUUCAUUUUAUUUUUUGGCAUAUGAUAUCUGGAUACAAAGAAAUACAGCUUUAUCCUUUAAGUGCUGCUGCAGGAAGAAAACUUACAAAUGCUGAAGAAAAAUACUUCAUAAUGUAAUAAUUGCCAUGGUAGCUUAUUAUGGCUUAUUUAGAAAUGUUCAGAUGGGUAUUUUUUCUUUAUUUCAUUAUAAAGCAUUCAUUUUUAAAACAAAACAAACAAUGGUCUGAUUGUUUAAACCUGUGCACUUUUAAUCUUUUGAUAUUUACUUUAACGUCUUUUUAUUCUUUUUGUAGAAGAGUUUAUAUUAAAGAAAAAACCCAGUGACUUAUGCUAAUAGACUCCCUUCUUUUUGGGCUUGUGCUUGAUGUUUUCCCAUCCGCAUGUGGCAGAGUUUAUACUAUAUGGUUUUGCUCUACACUGUGUUUAGAAAAGAGCUUCAACACAAACCAGGAGUUCUGCUAAACUAUAUAUUGUGCUGUGCAUCAGCAGCUUUUUCUUUCUUUUUAAUUAUAAAAUGUUAAGCUUUAUCUGUUUUAAAUUACUGAUUUUUGACUGCCAUGUUAAUUGAGAAAUCCAGGGUAUUCAAAUUCUGGGGUUUUUUCAUAUUGUAUUAUUAUUCUUAGGAAUAGUUCAAUGUAACAAGAAGAAAACUUGACUUUGCUCUGGUUAAAACAGUCAUAGGCACUUGAAAAUAAAUAUUAGUGUUACCUAUAACUUCCAGAAUGUCUGGGUUUUAGGAAAAAUCUCAUGGUGUAUGAUUGGUUAACAGAAUUUUAUACAACUAUACCACUUAAAUUCCAAAUUGGAAUUGUUUUUGUUACUACUUUGUUUUAUUGUGCCAAAUUGUGGUACAUUUUAGAAAGACAAAUUCUAAAGUUGUCAGCGCCAGGGUGUUCUAUUUCAGCGCCUUUUUGUCAUUUAAUUGUUGCCGGUAGUGCCUUUCAUAAUUUUAAAGGGAGAAGCCUAGGCUAGCUUAGUCUGUGCGAGAAGAAAGGAACCAUGGUUUUGAAACCUAGUAGCGAUGUGGAGCAAUAAGUGCAAAGCAAACUCCCCUACCGCACAUUUUUAAUGGGUGAACCUACUAUAUAGAUGAUAUAUGUGCAAAUUGUAAAAAAUUCUGUUAGUCAAUGAUACUCCAUCAUGCAAAUUCAGGGGCUCAGAAGAAAAAAAAUAAAUGAACAAAUCUUAAAAGCAAAACCCGAAUAUAUUUCAUGAACCAAAAUGGACUUUAUGAAACAAAAAUAAGCAAGAUGUAUUAACACAUUUGUGGUUGCAGUACAGAAGAUGUCUUGGGAUGUUUGGUGUUCUGGUAGCUUUGUAUGGUGGUGGAUCCAGUUAACCAUAGUAUUGUUUGCAAAUGUGAAGAAGAAAAACAAGGCAUUUAAUAUUUUUCUCUUGCAUGUUUUAUCUAAUCCAUUGUGAUUUCAGGAAACAGAAACUGAGAUACGCAUCAACAAGAUGUACCUUUUGGUGCUAUUUGUUGAGGCCAACUUCGAAUGAUUAAAUUUGGUACUUCUGGGGAAGGAGAAACCACCUUCUUCCUCAUAAAAAAGAAAGAGACAGAAAUACAAAGAGAGUAGUAAUUGUAAUAAUAAUAAUAUUAACAUGGGGAAAGGCUUUCUGUUUGCUGGAAGAAACUUUAUUAUUCCUAGAAGGUGGGGACUUAUAUUUUCAUCUUUUUGGUUACAGUAUUGAUUCUUAAGUGAUUACAUUUAAAAUUACAUCUCUAUGUGGGUAUUUAUUUGAAAUGUCAAAGUACUGUAUUAUGUUUUAUGUGCAUUACCUUUUAGUGGUGGAUUGGUCUCCAUUUUAUUGUCAUAUGCAUGUACUUUUGCCAAGUAACCUUUACACAGACCUGGAAAAAAGAAGCUAAUGUAACUACUUAAAAGGAGUAUGUGGGAACUGAUUAAGGUACAACUAUUGUGUUAAAUUGAUAAUUUUAGGAGGUGUAGAGGACAAAAAAUUAAUUCUAAAUUAAUGGAAAAAGAGUGCAUGUUUUAUAGGAAAGCAAUCUACCUGUGUAAAGGUAGUCACAUUGGCAGUAUCAAUAAAGGAGAAAGAAGACA